AUGCAAACUCUUCACUCUCAACCCAAAGAGAAAGAAGGAAACGAUUUACCAAAAGAAUUUUUUUCGAAAAUUUCCGAACUUAAAAAUUCUGAAGAUUUCGAUCAAAUCUACAAAUUCUUUGAAGAAAUUUCAGAAAAAGGAAAUCAAAAAAUGAUGCAAAAAGCAUGUGACGAAGAACUUUGGAAAAAACAAAAUUCUGACUUUUUGGGUAGAAAUGUACUUCAUUAUGCAUCUUCACAAGGAAAUCUGAGACUUGUUAAAUCUCUCAUUGAAUGUGGCUGUGACAAAGAAAUCAAGAGCGAAUAUGGUCGUACAGCUCUAUAUUGGGCAUCAAGAGAUGGUAAACUUGCAGUUGUUCAAUAUCUUAUCUCAGCUGGAGCUAAUAAAGAAGUAAAGGAUAAUGAAGGAUUUACUCCACUCAUUAAGGCAUCAUAUAGUGGUCGUCUUGAAGUUGUUCAAUAUCUUAUCUCAGCUGGAGCUAAUAAAGAAGUAAAGGAUAAUGAAGGAUUUACUCCACUCAUUAAGGCAUUAAGAGAAGGUAAACUUGAAGUUGUUCAAUAUCUUAUCUCAGUUGGAGCUAAUAAAGAAGCAAAGGAUAAUAAUGGAUAUACUCCACUCAUUCGGGCAUCAUAUAGUGGUUAUCUUGAAGUUGUUAAAUAUCUUAUCUCAGUUGGAGCUAAUAAAGAAGCAAAGGAUAAUGAUGGAAAAACAGCACUUUAUUAUUCGAAAGGAGCAGUAAGAGAAUAUUUAUUAUCAAUUGCAAGAAAAUAA